AUAUAUAUAUAUAUAUAUAUAUAGUGCACACAGGGAAUGUAAAACCAUCUCGGUCCGAGGACAUGUACGCCUCUCGCACAAAUUAAAAGAAGCACUGUGUUAUUAUUAUUAUUAUUAUUAUUAUUAUUAUUAUUAUUAUUAUUAUUAUUAUUGCAAAAGUUGCUAUUUGCGUUUCUUCAGCGCUACGAUCAUGCAACACUGUGCCAGCAUGCAUCUGAGUUUUAGAUUUUUUUUAUUUUUAACUUUUUUUGUUUGUGAAUCCCUGUCUACUCGAAAUAUUUACACUAAUCACUGGGCCGUUCGAAUUACAGGAGGACCUGAAGAAGCUGAUAAACUAGCUACAAAAUAUGGCUAUAAUAAUUUAGGGCAGAUUGGAAGCUUGGAUGGUCACUACCAUUUUCAUCACAGCAAAAUUGUUAAAAGAUCUGCUUUCACUAUGAAGGGGGAACAUAACUUUAUCCACAUGGACCCAAAGGUUAACUGGAUCCAACAGCAAGUAGUAAAAACACGGGUGAAAAGAUAUACACGGAAUGAUUUAAAUUUUAUCCACUUCAACGAUCCCAAAUGGUCCAAUAUGUGGUACAUACACUGUGGUGACAAGAGCAAUCACUGUCGUUCAGAGAUGAACAUCCUGGCAGCCUGGCAGAGAGGGUACACGGGCAAGAAUGUUGUGGUAACCAUCCUGGAUGACGGCAUUGAGAAAAACCACCCAGACCUGGCACAGAAUUACGAUUCACUUGCAAGCUAUGAUGUCAAUGGGAACGACCAUGAUCCCACUCCACGCUACGACGCCAGCAAUGAAAACAAACAUGGUACACGGUGUGCUGGGGAAGUUGCAGCUGUGGCAAAUAACUCCCACUGUAUUGUUGGUAUUGCAUACAAUGCGAGGAUAGGAGGCAUUCGGAUGUUGGAUGGAGAUGUAACAGAUAUGGUGGAAGCGAAGUCUCUUGGCAUCAGACCCGACUACAUUGACAUUUACAGUGCCAGCUGGGGGCCGGAUGACGAUGGGAAGACGGUGGACGGCCCAGGUCUGCUGGCCAAACAGGCCUUUGAGAUGGGCAUUAAAAAGGGCCGGAAGGGCCUGGGCUCGGUUUUUGUUUGGGCCUCUGGGAACGGUGGCAGGCAGGGGGACCACUGCUCUUGCGACGGCUACACCAACAGCAUCUACACCAUCUCCGUCAGCAGCAGCACGGAGAACGGGAACAAGCCCUGGUACCUGGAGGAGUGCGCCUCCACGCUGGCUACGACCUACAGCAGCGGGGAGUUCUACGACAGGAAAAUUGUGACCACAGACCUGCGCCAGCGCUGCACUGAUGGCCACACAGGGACCUCAGUCUCCGCCCCCAUGGUCGCUGGGGUCAUUGCAUUGGCUCUGGAAGCAAACCCGUUAAUAACUUGGAGAGACGUCCAGCAUCUCCUGGUCAAGACAUCCCGGCCUGUCCACCUCAAAGCACCUGACUGGAAGACCAAUGCCGCUGGCCGUAGAGUCAGCCAUCUGUAUGGGUUUGGAUUGGUGGAUGCAGAAGCCAUGGUUGUAGAAGCGAAGAAAUGGAGAAGUGUGCCCCCGCAGCACACCUGCAUCGGAAGCAGUGAUCGGAGGCCCAGAUAUAUCCGUCCUGAGCAGUCACUGAAGUCGACCGUCACGUCCACUGGUUGCUCCGAUCAUGCGGAGCAGCAUGUGGUGUAUCUGGAGCACGUCGUUGUGAGAGUGUCGAUCGUACAUCCUCGCCGCGGGGAUCUCCAGGUCAACCUCAUCUCUCCAUCGGGCACCAAAUCCCAGCUUCUGGCAAAAAGGACGUUUGAUAAUUCGAACGAUGGCUUCAAAAACUGGGAGUUCCUGACGGUUCACUGCUGGGGAGAGAAAGCGGAAGGAGAGUGGACUCUGGAAAUCAUUGAUUCGCCCUCACAGUUGCGCAACCCAGAAUCUCUGGGGAAAUUAAGGGAGUGGAGUCUGGUGCUGUACGGAACCUCGGAGCACCCUUACCAAUCACACAGCUCACGUUCCCGGCAGCUGGAGAUCUCUCCGGAAGGGGAGAAGAGCCUGACUGAGCUGGAGAAGCAGGAGAUCAUGGAGGAAGAGGAUGAGUACAAUGGUCCUUGCCACUCCGAAUGUGGGGAUCAGGGCUGUGACGGCCCAGAUGCUGAUCACUGUUUGAACUGUAUCCAUUUCAGCCUUGGAAACAUCUUGUCCGGCAGGACGUGCGUGAGCACCUGUCCCCUGGGGUUCUACAGUGAUGCUGAAGUGAGGCGGUGCCGACGCUGCUAUAAGGGGUGUGAGACGUGUUUCAGCAGGGCCCAGAACGAGUGCACCUCCUGUAGAAGGGGCCUCUUCUUUUAUGACCAAGCCCGCACUUGUUCAGCAACGUGCCCAUCGGGGUUCUUCGCAGACGACAAUCAGAAGCAAUGCCUGAAAUGUCACGACAACUGCAAGAAAUGUUUCAGAGAUUACGAUAGAUGCACUGCUUGCAGUGAAGGGUUCAGCCUGGCUGGGAUGACGUGUGUUCCUGAAUGUGGAGACGGCACCUAUUUUAACUUGGAGGAAAUGAAAUGCAGUCCCUGCCAUCUGUCCUGCUCUACUUGUACAGGGCCUGGGAAGGAGGAAUGUAUUCAGUGUGCCAGAGACUUUCUGCAGCAGGAGUGGAAAUGUGUUCCUGCGUGCACUGAAGGAUAUUACCCUGGGGAGGCGUCCGGACUGCCACAGCGAGUCUGCCGAAAAUGUGAAGAGCAUUGUUUAAAUUGCGAAGGCCCUGGAAGAUACUGUUUCAGAUGCACAGAUGGAUACAAUUUAGUGGGAGGCACAUGUGUAACAAAUGUCAGGUGUAAUAAUGGCCCUCUAGCUGAUGAGGUGUUCUGCGAGAUGGUGAAAUCGAACCGCUUGUGUGAGCGGAAACUCUUUCGCCAGUUCUGCUGCCGGACGUGUCUGAUGACUGGAUGAAGACGCAGCCCACCCCCCCUACAAAUUAAGGACUUUUCAGACCACAUUAAAGCAACAAUCUGUUGUAGAGCUACUCUAUUAACGCUCUGACAACCCAUCUAUCUCUGCAACAGGCCGACAACGCCUUGAUUUUAAGUGCAUGUUUAAAUAUUAAAAAAAAAAAAGAUA